AUGGGGAAUAUAAUAGGAGUCGAAUGCUCCUUUAACAGAGCUCAUAUAACUAUUGUUGUGCUUAAUAAAAAAAUAAAGAGUAAAUCCUCAAAUAAGUUAAACAAUAACAUUGUAGGAGGGAUAUAUAAUUGUUUUUCUGCUUGCUAUAAUAUAAAUCAAAAUUGCAAUUACAUUUCUCCAAUUUGUGAGAAUGAAAAAGAAACAGGCAGUAACUUAUCAAAUGAAAACUAUAUUGACAAAAAAAAAGACAUAUUGGAAUAUAUUUUAAAUAUACAACAUAUAAUAAAAAAUAAUAUUCAGGUAAUGAUCUUAAAUAAAAAUUUUAGACAAAGUAAGGAUACUGAAUUUUCAUUAAAUGAAUUAACCAAACAGUUUAAUGAUAAUAGUGAGAAUAUUGAUGAUAAAUUUCAUAUAUAUAAUAAUUUUCUCAAAAAAAAAUUAAAUAUUAAUGAGGAUGAAGUUGGUGAAGAAAUAGCGACAUUUUAUUUCUUAACUGUUAAGGUAAAAAAUAUUGAUGAAGCUAUAUUAAAAUGUUCAGAACAAACAAUUAGUAAUACGGUAAUAAAUUUAACAGGAAAAAGAAGCAACUAUAUAAUGAAAAAAUUAAUUAAAAUGAAAGGAAUUAGGAAAAAUAUAUAUUUCCACAAAGAAAUAACAUGUAUAAAUAAUUGUUUAGAAUUUUUAAAAAAUAUAUAUCCACAAAGUUUAUAUAAUUUUGUGAUGGGAACAAGUGAUUUCGAAAAAAAUUAUGAACAGACAGGAAAUAAUGAAGAAAAUAAACAAUUAGACUUAAAAAAAAAUUAUAUUGAAAAUAAUGACUCUAUUAAAUGUGCAUAUCCAUACAUCAUAGUUAAUAUGAAACGAGUUACUAGUUAUCACCUUAUUAAUGAAAAAAAUGAAAUUUAUCAAAUCGGUAAUUGUUUUAUUGGAUAUAAAUCGGUUAUAUCACUUUUUUUAUUGAUAACUGGAAAGUUGUGCUCUCUGGAAAAAUUAUUUAGAAUAGCUAAAAAAGGAACAAAUCAAACCUUUGAUAUGACUGUUGGCGAUAUUUAUGGUACUUCCUAUUGUAAUGCUGGUCUAAGUAGUGACUUAACUGCAUCAUGUUUUGGAUCUGCUAUCAAUAUCGAUAACAUUAAAGACAUAUUUGCCAACCAUAGUAAACAAAAUAAUGGCUCGAUAAAAAAUGAGGUAAAUAUUUUUUCAAGUAGUAGUGAAUGUGAUAUUAGUGAAGAAUGCAGCACUGAUGAGAUGGAUACACAUUAUGGCAUAGAUAUUAUUCCGACCUUAACAAAAAGUAUCAACAAUAAUAGAGAAAAUAAUAACCGUAAUUAUUAUAACAAUGAAAAAUGGAUAGCUAAUAAAAAAUGUUUAAAUGGUCACACACACAAAUGUAAAUAUUUAAGUGAUGAUGAAACAGCAAUAAAAAAAUAUAUUAAAAAAAAAUCCAGAAAACAAUUAGGAGAGAAAUGGAACUCUUUAACUGAUAAUGAAUUAUAUAUAAGGAAAAAUUAUAAAGAGAAUUAUUAUUCUUCGUCAGAAGAAAGUCUUAAUUGCGAAUUAUUAAAAAACAAAAAAAAAAUUCAAAAAUAUUAUGAACAAAUCAUAAAAAAAAAUAAUUCGAAAAUAAAAAAUAUGUAUGUGCAGGAAAAUUGUCCAAAUAAAAAAGCUAUACAAAUGGAAUAUGAUAAUAUUGAAAACAAGAAAGAAGAUAUUAUAUCAAAACAAAACCUCGAAAAUAUUGAUGAUCCUUUAUAUAAUAACAAUACAAAUAAAAAUGCUACAAAACAUUUUAGCAAUAUAGAAUGCGAUUUAAGCAAAACUUUAUUAUCUAUGAUUGUAUAUAAUUCAAUAUAUAUGGCAUAUAUCCAUAGUCGUGCAUAUAAUGUUAAACAUGUAUUUUUUUCAGGUUUUUUUUUGGAAAAUUCAGCUUGUAUAGAAUUACUCAAAAUUUAUAUAAAGUUUAUGUAUCAUAGUGAGGAAAUAUUAUACUUUUUAAAAUUUUCUACAUAUAUUAGUAGCUUAGGAUCAGCUUUACAACUAUUAGAUUGGGAAUAUAUUUUUUUUUAA